CUUGACGUCACAGAGAGUCGUCCAGGAAACCCUUUUCCGGAUUUAGAUUAUACACGUGCUCUUUCCCCAAAGUUGGGCGCGAGUCCUGCCCCGCUGCGUCUCCUGCUGCGUCUCUGACUUGGAGGAUAUGCUGUCCUUCUGGGAUGUGGCCAUUGAGUUCUCUCCAGAAGAGAGGGAAUGCCUGGAGCCUGCUCAGUGGAAUCUGUACAAGGAUGUGAUGUUGGAGAAUUACAGCCACCUACUAUUCCUGGGUCUUGCUGUCCCUAAGCCACCCUUGGUGACAUUUCUGGAGCAAAGACAAGAGUCUUCAGGUGUGAAGAGACAAGCAGCAGCUACCGUGCACCCAGGAACAAGACCCAAGAAUUACAAUGCAUAUAACAAGGACACCAAUUGUAACUCACUACGUAUUCAACGCCAGAGAAUUCAGACAAGGGAGAAACCCUACAAGUGUGAAGAAUGUGGUAAGGGCCUUAGUUCUUAUAAAACAUUUUCUAUACACCAGAGACUUCACACUGGAGAGAAACCCUACACAUGUAAAGAAUGUCAUAAGGCCUUCAAUACUCGCUCAUCACUUUUUAUACACCAGAAAAAUCAUACUGAUGAAAAAACCUACAAAUGUAAAGAAUGUGGCAAGUCAUUUUACUAUCCGUCAAUGCUGAAGCAACAUCAAAGAAUUCACUCUGGAGAGAAACCCUGCAAGUGUGAAGAGUGUGGCAAAGCUUUUUAUGUUCCUUCAUUCCUUCAGGCACAUCAACGAAUUCAUACUGCGGAGAAAUCAUACAAGUGUGAAGAGUGUGGCAGAUGUUUCUCCUCAUUUUCAUAUCUUAAACAACAUCAAGCGAUUCACACUCAAGGAAAUCCCUAUAAGUGUGAGAAGUGUGGCAAAAGGUUUUACUGUUUUGCAAAGCUUCAAGAGCAUCAGACAGUUCACACUGGAGAGAAAUCAUACAAGUGUGAGGAGUGUGGCAAAUGUUUUUACUUAUCUUCAUCUCUUCGGCGACAUCAAACAAUGCAUAGUAAAGACAAACCCUAUGAGUGUAAAGAGUGUGGCAGAUGUUUUUACUCAUUAGUAUCCCUUAGACGACAUAAAAAAAUCCACUCCGAAUAUAAUCCUUAUACGUGUGUACAAUGUGGCAAACGGUUUUCCUAUUCUAGGCAUCUUCAAGAACAUCAAACAGUCCAUACCGGAGAGAAACCAUACAAGUGUGAAGAAUGUCACAGAGCCUUUCAUUGUCACUCAUCCCUUAGGAGACACAAGAAAGUCCAUAAUGGAGAGAAACACAACCAGCGUAAAGACUGGGACAAAGGUUUUUCCUCAUCUUCCCGCCUUAGACAGCAUAAAAGAAAAGGGAAAAUUCAUUCUGAAGACAAUCCCUAGAAGUGUGCAGAGUGUGAUAAACACUUUGUUAACCUUUAUAGCCUUACUCAGCACAUGAUAUUUAUACAAACUUUACUUGCUCCACACUUAAAACACAGGAAAUGAUUCUUUCUGACUAAAAAGUCACUGAGUAUGAAAUUUUUGCUAAAAAUCCAGAUCUUAUCCUGUGACAGGAUAAAUAAAAGACUGGGACUGGUAUUGGGGUUCAAAUUUCAAGCUGGUGAUCAGAAAAGCAAAGUAGCUGGCCACUGUCUCUCACCUCUGGCUCAGGCUGAAAGGGCUGAUUCACGAGCUCUUCACCAAGCCUCAAACUUUUU